AUGGUGCCGGGCGGCAGCGGCGUGUCCGUGGCAGGGGGCGGCAGCGGCGGCUCCGGGUACGACGAGGAGGAGGAGGAAUGGGGGGACUUGGAACCUUUCUUCUUCGACGAGGCGGAGGCGGUGGCUGAUCAUGAGAGGCGAAUGAGGAGAGAGCAGGAGGAGGCGCAGAAGGCGGCGCAGCGCCUCCAGGCGGCGAACGCCAGGGAUAACGCCAAUAAGGCCGUGGUGGCUAAAAUCUCAGACUACGAUCUGAAGCGGUGGGGCAAAUACUACAAUCGAUUUAACUACGCCGACUUCUCCAAAUUCGACCUCGACGAGGAAUGUGAUGUACAUGUUGAAUUUGAUUUGAAGAUCAAGGAUCGUCAGGUGCAGGAAGAGAAAGAACUUAGUAAAGGAUGCUUGACUAUCAGGGGCACAGCAAGUCGAUAUUUGGACAGAUGCAAGGUUGACAGCGAUGAAAUUGCUACCAGGCUCAGUACCAUGGAGGUGAUGUAUGCAGUUGUGAACAAUGCAGUGGAGGCUACCAUUGCAGUUGAAGUCCUAAGGGGAGAAUUUUAUGGAGAAAUCACUGCUGGCACCACCGGGGUCCCUAAUAUAUCAUCUUGUGCUUCAUGA